CCAUUUCAUUUAGGCUCAAAAAAUAACAGUAUAAAUAACAGUUUUAAAUGGUAUUACGAAUCUGUUGAGAGGGGAUGUUGGCCCCUAUAGGUUGCCAAAAGAUUCGCCAUCCAGAAUUUGGGCUGGACUCGUUUUUUACAUGGUAAUAUGUAAAGGAGAGAGAGAGUGAGAGAGAGAGAGAGAGAGAGAGAGAGAGAGAGAGAGAGAGAGAUCUAACAGGUGUCGACUAAGACCAAUAGUCUUGGAACCAAACGCUGCGUAAAGAGAUACAGUGGACAGACACUCUGAAUGGGAGCGUACGAUUUCCAUGCGUCCCUCAUUUAGGAAAAAAAGUGCUCAAGCACUCUCCUGGGCUCCAAUUCCUAUCAUUGGCGGUAUUUAAUCUGCCUCUUCUACCUGGAAAGAAAGGAAGGGGAUUAAGCGCUGAUUAAGAAACUCUCAUCACUUUCCCGGCAUCUCUCGCGCGCCCGUCGGCUCUCGUGCUCUCCGGUGGUCCAAAGUCGUUCAAUUAUUUUCGUGAGUCGCGGACUGAAGUGAUGGUCCGAAUAUUAUCCUGCAGACAUAUUUUUGGAUGACAAGGAUGAUGCAGAUAUAGCCAGAGGAAUACAUCAAAAGCAGCAACGUUGGGAAAAAAAAUUGUAAUUGGUUUCCUAAAGAAAAAGAAACAUCGAUUUACUGUGGAGAGUCGAAUAAGGAUAAAAGUGGGAGUCAUAGGAUGAUUGUACAAAGAUCUGAGAUGAACUUUUGUCACAUAAAGUUAUGGCAUUAGGUGAGACCUUCACAUGAAGUGAAAUCCUGUGCUCUGUAGGGGGGCCGUGAACGAAGAUUUCUCUGCAAAUCACACUUGAUCUAAGUAAACAAAACAUUUCUCUCCCUCCUCAAUGAGCUGAAUUUGACACCAGCUCUUUUUCAGCGUACUUUUAAUAAGCUCUGCUUUUCCACAAACACCGCUCAGUGCCAGUCAUGGUAUCUGUCUGAUGCUGAAAAUUAAACUGAACGGGACGGCAACGGGGGAAGUCCACAAAGGUUAAGCAGACUUCAUCAGUUAAUUAUGCUUUUUCUAGUUUGUCAUCACAAAUCUGGCGCAUGCAGAUUUCUGUGUUAAUACCCUUAAACACUGUGGUGUGCAACAUAUUCAUUUUUUAAAUAACUUUUUUCAAGCCCCUUGGAAAUCGUUCCUGUUUCUUAAGGAUUCUUUCAUCAGGUUGUUUCCCUUCUGGAUUACUGCCAUUGAGCGUUAUCUCUCAUAGUUAGUUCAGUGAUCGCUCCAGCACCCCCUCCCUCAAUUCUCUCUACAUCCUUCUUCCCCUUUUUUUCACUCACUGGUUCUCUAAGAGGUUUAAACCUGGCCGGCACAAUUCCAGCCAAGGGGGAAGAGGACUUCCUAACGCUGGCCGCCUCGCGGCUCAGCCGCAGGAAACGUGUAAUUGGAGCUGCUGUAGGUGUCGCCAUGGUUCUGAUACUGUUGGUGGCUAUUCCCCUUCUAGUCCACACGACCAAAGGAAGGUCCACGGGAAAUGAAGGGAGCCAUUAUGAAAUGCUGGGAAGCUGCAGAAUGGUAUGUGACCCCUAUGCCACUGGUCAGCCUGGCCAGGAGCUGACAGCUGUGUCACCACCACCCCAGGAUUACUCUGGGAAGAAGAUAAAGUCUGGUCUCCGAGGGCCUCCAGGGAUACCUGGCCCUCAAGGAGCACAAGGACCCCCUGGAGAGCCAGGUAAACCAGGGCCACAGGGUCCUCCAGGUCCAGGUCCUGGUGGAUAUUCACCAUCGCAUUACACCCCCAAAAUUGCCUUUUAUGCAGGGCUACGAAAGCAGCACGAGGGGAGUGAGAUACUAAAAUUCGACGAUGUGGUGACCAAUGUGGGGAACUAUUAUGAGCCCAGUACCGGCAAGUUCACCUGUCCUCUGCCCGGCAUUUACUUCUUCACCUACCAUGUUCUGAUGAGAGGAGGGGACGGGACCAGCAUGUGGGCAGACCUGAAGAAGAACGGAGUGGUAAGAGCCAGCGCCAUCGCUCAGGACGCUGAUCAGAAUUACGACUACGCCUCCAAUAGUGUGAUCCUGCAUCUGGACGUGGGCGAUGAGGUGUGUGUGCAGCUGGACGGAGGGAAGGUCCACGGAGGAAACACGAACAAGUACAGCACCUUCUCCGGCUUCCUCAUCUACCCUGACUGAGUCCUUACUCACUGAGAACGGACACCACUACAUACGUAACACAAAUUCAAACACACAUGUACAUAUGCAAAUAGAGCAAAUGCACAGACAUGAAACACACAUGCACCACAAAUGCAAGCAAUCACACACACAAACACAUAUGCAGACCUCCUGGCAUUAUACCAGACAACAGAUGUGUGGAUCGAGUGAAAAUCAGAGAAGGAUUAAGUUAAGUUUAUGUGAUUUUGAGCCAAUCAUCCUGAGCCAACUACAUUUACUGGCGACCUUUGUGUGCAAAUAUGAAUUCAAGAUUAUGUACAGUAUAAGUGCACAUAACACUUGCACAUUGUGGCUCAUAAAAUAUCUAAAAUACUUAAUCGUGUUGCAUAUUAACAAACACUGUACAACUAGAAUAUAAGACACACCAUCAGUCUAAUUGUUUUUUAAUGCUUUAAUGGUGUCGAGGGUGCCAUUAAUCAAAAAGACCGAGCCGAGGUAAAUGCCCGCCUACUGUAUACCAACACAGUAUUUAUCUUCUACAUUUCUGCUCUGCGGUUCCAGUGACCACUGAUCAGACUGCUGCAUAUAUUUUGCGACUCAUCAUCGUUCAAAUAAAGCACCACCCUCGAGUGAGUUACACCAGCCCUGCUGUGAUCCCUUUGCAUUGGAGCAUUGCUGAUUAAAAUAAGGCCAACGGUAUGAACACAGAUGUUUUACCUCUUUGUUCCUGUUUCUAUCAUGACACAGGAAGUGAUUGAUGAUUCAUUCAAAUUAAACAUAUG